AUGGCCGCGCAGCGCGAUCCCACCACCCUCUCCAACUAUGGCCUCUGGCGCACGCGCCACACAGCCGUCGACUUUUAUAUCGAUUUUGAGCGCAAGCGGCUGCGGGGCUCGGUGACGCUGCGGCUCGAAAGCCAGACGGACGCGGCCCCCGGCUCGGCCGAGGUGGUGCUCGACACGCGCUUCGUCCACGUCUCGGGAGCGCGCGUCGACGGCGCCGAUGCCGCCUGGGAGCUCAAGCCGCACCAGGAGCCGCUCGGCGCGCCGCUGCACGUCACGCUGCCCGACACCGCCGACACCGCCGCCGCCGUGUCCAAGGGCCGCACUAUUGAGCUGACGCUCGACGUGGAGACGACGGAGCGCUGCACGGCGCUGCAGUGGCUGACGCCCGCGCAAACGUCCAACAAGAAGCAUCCGUACAUGUUUUCGCAGUGCCAGGCCAUCAACUGCCGCAGCAUCUUUCCCUGCCAGGACACGCCCGACGUCAAGUCGACGGUGGCGUUUCGUCUGACGUCGGCGCUGCCCACUGUUGCCAGCGGCGUGCCCGUCGGCGAUCACGCGCCGACGCCGGGCGUCGAAAAGGUGUACGAGUUUAAGCAGGAUGUGCCCAUUCCGUCGUACCUGUUUGCCGUCGCGUCGGGCGAUAUUCGCACAGCGCGCAUCGGUGAGCGAAGCUCUGUGGCCAGCGGGCCAGACGAGGUCGACGGAUGUCAGUGGGAGCUGCGCCGCGACAUGGACAAGUUUCUCAAGGUUGCGGAGAAGCUCAUCUUUCCGUACCGCUGGGGCGAGUACAACGUCUUGGUCCUGCCGCCCAGCUUUCCUUAUGGAGGCAUGGAGAAUCCCAUCUACACCUUUGCCACUCCCACCAUCAUCAGCGGCGAUCGCCAAAACGUCGACGUCAUUGCUCACGAACUUGCCCACAGCUGGAGUGGCAAUCUCGUUUCCAAUGCCAGCUGGGAGCACUUCUGGCUCAACGAAGGCUGGACCGUCUACCUGGAGCGUCGCAUUGGUGCCGGCCUGCACGGUGAGCAAGAAUUCGACUUUUCGUCCAUCAUUGGCUGGAAGGCUCUCGAGGAGGCUGUGAAUGACUUUGGCCACGACCACGAGUACACCAAGCUCAUCAUCAGCCACAAGAAUGUCGACCCCGAGGACGUCUACAGCACGGUCGCGUAUGAAAAGGGCUUCCACUUCCUCUACUAUCUCGAUCGCCUCGUCGGCCGCGACAACUUUGACAAGUUUAUCCCUCACUACUUUACCAAAUGGGCCGGCAAGUCGCUCGACUCGUUUGAAUUCAAAGCGACGUUUUUGGAUUACUUCAACGGGCUCGGAGACGAGUCGAUCAAGCAGAAAAUCGCCACCAUUGACUGGGAGGACAAGCUGUACUCGCCCGGCCUGCCGCCCAAGCCCGACUUUGACACGACUCUGGCCCAGCAGUGCUACGAUUUGGCGAAUCAGUGGAAGGACAGCUCAUUUGAGCCCAGCCGUAAAGACAUUGAGGGCUUGACGGCGAACCAGCUGCAGGUGUUCCUCGGCGCGGUGCAAGAGCAAAAGGGCCUGUCGGCGGAGCGCGCGCAAAAGAUGGGCGCCGUCUACGACUUUAUCUCGUCGGAGAAUGUCGAGGUGCUCGCGGCGUACUACCGCAUCGCGCUGGCGGCCAACGACCCGACGUGCGUGUACGGCGUGGCGGAGCUGCUGGGCCGCGUGGGCCGCAUGAAGUUUGUGCGGCCGCUGUUUCGGGCGCUCAACGAGGCGGACCGCGAUCUGGCGCUGAAGACGUUUGCCAAGAACAGGGACUUUUACCAUCCCAUCUGCAGGGGCAUGGUAGAAAAGGAUCUCAAGAUUUAA